UACCCUUUGUGUUUGAAAAUGUCUUAGGGCGGGUCCCGGCUUCGGAGCCCCGGGUGUCCCUGACGAAGUCGCUGUUGCUCAGGGAGCGGCGGGUGCUGGAAAUGCACGAGGACCAUGGAGCCGGAUUUGGUUCCCCCUUCUUUUCAGUUUGAUACUGAUGAACCCAGUAGUAGAGCUGCUGGAGACACACGAGAGCCCUGCGGUGGAGGCGUGGCUCCUUUUUGCUAAGGAGCAGGAUUAUGACCAGUUGACAUUCAGCGAUGUGGCCAUUGAUUUCUCUCCAGAUGAGUGGGAAUGCCUGGACCCUCCUCAGCAGAAUCUGUAUAGGGAUGUGAUGUUAGAGAACUACAGAAACCUGGUCUCUGUGGCCCUUUCUCAUCAUUGUACCCAGAACUUUUCACCAGAACAGAUCCUAAAAUAUUCCUUCAAAAAAGUGACUCAUGGAAGACCUGGAAGUUAUGGCCUUAAGAGUUUAAGAAAUUGGGCAAAUGUCGGUGAGAAUAAAGGUCAAACAGCCUGCCGUGGUAGACGUAACCAGUGUGCGAUCACUAGCAAUAGCAAAGAUGUCAUUGACAACAGAGAUCAAGAGCAGAAAACAGCUGUGAAAAAAACCCAUGCUGGAACAGGUGCUUUUGAAAAGCCAUGUAUCUAUAAACAAAAAUACCCACAGGACAUUGUUCAACAUAACUUAACUUUGAAAAGAAGUUUGGAAGAUCUGAAAGAGGGAUUAGUCUUUCACUCAAACAUUUCCAUAGACCAAGAAUUGAGAAACAGAGAACUGAUCUCUAAAAUUGAUCAAAUAGAGACUUCCUGUCCUGAAAGAUCCUCACUCUUCAGUCAACAAGUAGAUCUUUCCUAUAGCCAAAUGCACAAUUGUGGACUGCUUACUACAGAUCCAUUAUUGCACAGCCAAAAUUCAGAUACAGAUAUUUGGAAAACCACAUAUAUGUGUAAAGAAACUAGCAAAGCUUUCAGUAAUGGCUCUACACUAAAUAAUUGCAAGGAUAUGGUUAUUGUAGAGAAAUCUGGUCAGUUUAACCAAGUGCAUAAUAACUUUGACAAUGGCUCAAGUUCCAACAAACAUGAGUGUACUCUGUUUCCAAAGAACCUUUUCAAUUGUGAAAACUUAUUUACUCAGUGCUCAGAGUUUACCAUCCAUCAAUGUAACUAUAUUCAAGAUAAUCAUUACAAGCACAUUGAUUGUGACACAACAGUUAACCACACCGCAAACGUUACUACACAUAAAAUUCAGAAGGCCCAGAAAUCCUACAAAUGUAAUGAAUGUGGCAAAGCCUUUAAGUAUUGCUCAAGUUACAAUAAACACAGCAUAAUUCACACAGGAGAAAAACCCUACAAGUGUAAAAUAUGUGGAAAAUCCUUUACACAGUGUGCAAGCCUUAAAAAACAUCAGAGAAUUCACACUGGAGAGAAACCCUACAAAUGUGAAGAAUGUGGCAGAAGCUUUAAUCAUUGCUCGAUUCUUAGUCAACACCAGAGAAUUCAUACAGGAGAGAAACCCUACAAAUGUAAACAGUGUGGGAAAUCCUUUACCCAGUGUGCAAGCCUUAGAAAACACCAGGUAAUCCACACUGGAGAGAAGCCCUACAGGUGUGCAGAAUGUGGCAAAGCUUUUACCCAAAGCUCAACACUUAGUGAACACCAGAGAAUUCAUACUGGAGAGAAACCUUACAAAUGUGAACCAUGUGGAAAGUCUUUUACCCAAUGUUCAAGUCUUAGAAAACACCAGAGAAUUCACACUGGAGAGAAACCCUACAAAUGUGAAGAAUGUGGCAAAGCCUUUAACUGCCGUUCAUCUUUUACUAAACACCGGAGAAUUCACACAGGAGAGAAACCUUACAAAUGUAAGGAGUGUGGCAAAGCUUUCAUCCAUUGUACAAACCUUACUCAACACCAGAGAAUCCAUACAGGAGAGAAACCGUAUAAAUGUAGUGAAUGUGGAAAAUGCUUUAGUCAGUGUUCAAACCUUAGAAAACAUCAGCGAAUUCAUACAUGAGUAAAACCAACAAAUGUAAAGAAUGUAGUAAAUCCUUUACCCAUAGUCAAAAACUGGUUUAAUGUCAUAAUUCAAAGUGGGGAUGAGUCCGACAGAAGCAGUGAAUGUAGCAAAGUCUAUGACUUACCAUUCACAAGGUUCUCAGUAUCAGAAAAUUAAUUCUUCCUGUGAGAAACCAUACAAAUAUGAACAAUACCAAAUCCUUAAAUGUGUAAUAAUUCUUUACUAGGCACCACCAUCACUUUAGAAACACUAAUGGUGUUUUUUAAUGUGGAAAAAUCUAAAUUGUUGCUCAUCUCUUACUGAACACUGGAUUCACAUAUGAGACAAAAACUAACAAAUAUUCAGAACCUGGCAAAGCCUCUAUAGCUCUUCAGCUCUCACUAAACACAAAAAUUCACCCCUGAGACAAACUACCAAGUGUAGGAAAAGUGCCACAGACUUCUACCAUUUUGCACACUUUAACACCAGAGUUUAUACUGGAAUGAAACACUAUAAAUAUGCCAAAUGUGUCAACACCUUUAAAUCAAGAUACAAAGUUUUUCUAAUAUCAGAGAACUUUCAAAGAAAGUUCAAAGAAUUUUCAACAAUGUUCCAAAUGCACAAGGGUAAAUAAUGUUGGAAAACCCUUUGUUGUUGCUUCAGAUUUGCUAGAUGAUAUUAGUUGACCUGGUAGAAAAAACAGCUCUGAAAGAAUAGUACCAACAACUCACUUCUCAGAAUAUAUUAUUGUAUUACAUAUUAAAAGUUUCUAAAUAAGCUCACUCAUGAAAACUGGAAAAAGCAACGUUCUCACAUGUCAGCAGAACAAGACUCAUUUCUGAGUGUAAUGAGUUUUUUUCAAAGACUAUGCAACACAUUUUCCUUAUUAGAGAAAGUUCUAGGUGACAAAUACUACUAAUAUAUUACUGGGUAAACAAUGGAAUGUUGUUCAUUUCACUCAGGAUUUUUUUUCCUAAAUGGAUAAAAUGUGACAGGCUGAGAGGUUUCAGAGUACUGAGGACUGAACCUGCUGUCUGCCCAAGAUAGGGAGAGAAAAAUACUCUUGAGGUUCUCAUGCAGUGCCAGCUUCUGACUGUGACUAGCUCCAAUACAGGCAUCUCCUUACUGAACGUCCUUGUUAGACAGAGUAAAGGCCACACACCAAGGAUAAGAGCAAUUCUGAGGUCUUGGUGUUUCUUGGACAAACCAAAAGGUGGUACCAACAUGGCAGCUCAGUAUAAAAUAGUUGCUGCUGCUACAUCUGAAGUCAAUUAUCCUAGUAGAGUAGACAGGCUCAGCCCACUGCAAAAUAUAGACAUAUGACUGUUCUGGAUUAAUGCCACAUGCAAGAUUAACUGAUAUGCUAUGAUGCCACUUACCUAACCAGGAAACCAGAAAGGACCACACAUUUCAAAGUGUCCACAAAGGAAGGAUGCCAGGGCAGCACAAGCACCCAAGACCUGACUCUACUAGCCCAGGUAGUUUUGGAUAGGUGAGAGGUGCGAGUUGUUUUGAAAUGUAAAAAGCCACCUGCUUGAAAUUUCAACUGACCUCACAGCAAUGCAUCGACCAUCAGAGCCAUUGGUUCUUCGUUGUUUUUGGCUUUUGUUUUGUUUUUGUUUUUAUCUAGAAAGGCACUGGAAGCAAAGGUGCAUGGAGGAGAGGAUCAGAUGGAUUCACCUAGCUAAACCCUGAUGAAUGGAUGAUAUGCAGGAUCUGGCUAGGUGGAGAGGUCGGAUGUGGUAUUAAAUAUGCCUCUAGGUUGGGAUAAGGCUACAAGGGUCCUGAUCUGAGCCUCAAGUUUUAGGGCAUCCCAAGAGGUGCCCAGUCUAUUUGGGGACACUGGAUGUGAGACCUAGUCUAGAUGAGGGUGGAAGGGAGAAUCAGGUGGUCAGCCAGGCUUACCCUGGUAAAGAGUAGGAUCUGGCUGGCCAAGACGUUGGGUAUGACAUGGGAAGGGGCUAUAGGUUGGGAGCAAGUGACAAGGGUCCUUCAGGCUGUGAAGUUGUACAACUUAGAACAUUUCCUCCUCCUCUCUGUCUCCCUCCCUCGCUCCCUCCCCUUCCUGCUGUUGUAUUUUCCCUUUAAGUUUUGAUCAAGGAAUUUUACCACAGCAACACAAAGGAAACUAAUACAGGGUCCUUGGGUCAAGCACCCAAAACAAACAGCCGAGUUUAAAGACAUUUGGCCUUUUAACAAAAAAAGUUAUAAAAAACAAUGAUUAUGUCUCAUUAUUCAUAAGUAUGAA